AUGUAACCUCCUCUGAACCACGACGCACACCCCUAAGCUGCCGCUGCGAUUCAUGCGCGCAAAUGUUUGGCAGCUUCUUGGCGUACACGAAACACUUCUUACCGAAACACGACAACCCCGGACGUCUGCUCUGUUCACAGGACACGCAGCAGCUCUCGCACGCAGUCUAAGCAUCAACCAACAAAGUGUUCACUUUCUCUAGUGGAGGAAGUGGUGUGUCGCCUCACCAUGUUCGGUACUUUUACUAUUGAUUUGUUGCAGCGGAAAUCGAAGCGACGCAUAUAGAAAGCCGCGGAUGAUGAGGAGAAGCUCCGCUACACGUUGAACUGCAUUUUUUCUGUCUCUCAUUGUCUCCGAGGAUCGCGGAUCUGUUUAUCGCUCAGCAGAGCAGCAGAAGUGAAGCGACUUUUCAAAGCCACUGUCUAUGAUGGGAUCUUUCCGGCGUCCCAGGCCUCGGUUUAUGAGUUCUCCGGUUCUGUCGGACCUUGCCCGGUUCCACGCCAGUUCAUCUGCUCUACAGAUUUCCAACACCUCUGCAUGGAACAGGGUUCAAUCAGCUGUGAUCAAGGUAUUCCAAGGCGGGACUUUACAGGCGAACGAGCUUUACACACUUAACGAGAACAUAAGGUGGUUACUUAAAACAGAGAUGGGGUCCUUCAUCACAGAGUAUUUCCAGAACCAGUUGCUGACUCGAGGUCUCUCUGGAGUCCUCGAACACAUCCUUCUUCACAACGCUGACACUGGUGAGAACCAGCUCAUUGUCCUUGCCGACGUGUGGGACAGGUUUUUCACAGAGACCCUUCCUACCCUGCAAGCCAUCUUCAACCCCAUUCAGGGUCAGGAGCUUACUGUGAGGCAGAUGUCUCUCUUAGCUUUCAGAGACAUGGUGCUUUUGAAGCUCCCCCUGGAGCAAACUCUGGGAACUGCAGCAACCAUUCCCCCAUCUAUCACACAGAUGCUGCUGGUAUUGCAGGGUGUCCAUGAGUCUGGUGGUCCCAGUUUGGAGUAUUACCAAUUGGAGUGCCUGGUGGAAAUCGUUGUGUCUCCAUAUCUCUGCAAUGUCUUGCACGAUAGAAACAGGUCCUUGUUAGACUCUUAUCAUCUGCGGUCAUCUGCAGUGUUGUCGGGUGACCCGUCCCAGCCAGAAAUCACCAUCACUCAGCAUCAUAGCACCUCAGACUCUUCGUCCCUGUCACCGCUGGUGGAGCAGGAGGGGGAGGUUUACCUGGAGAAAGUUGGCGGCGUGCGGCGCCACACAGUGGCUAAUGCACACUCUGAUGUCCGGCUGCUGUCGGUGUCAAAUAGAAUGUACACUGGGGUUGAGAAGAAUGGCAGGGUGGGGGGUGAAGAAAGGGUUUUUGGUGGGAGAUAAGCCCGAGGACAUGAUCAUUCUUAAGACAACCAGACAUGGUGGAGUCCUUAAGUGGAUCCGGAGACCGUGGACAUGUAAAACAAUGGUCAUUUGAGCUGAAAUGGGACGGAAAACAGAAGGACAGGACAGAAACAAUUCCUAUAAUGGCAGUUUAUUUUUAUUAACAUGAAAAUAGUCACAUAUUACUGGGAUAAAACAAAAAAAAAAAAAAAAACAGCUAUUAGAAGGACAAAAGGGGAACACAGAAAGCAAUACGAAAAUUACAUAAAUGAAAGGACAAGAGAACGGGGGAGUGAAAAACAGGACAGAAAAGUAGAAAUGCAGUGAACAAGACGAGAAGAAUGUCUGAAGAGCAACCAAUACCCUUUGAUGUCAUUAAAAACCAGGCAUAGUGUCUGUAUCAUUAGGUUUCUUAUGUGAACAGACGUGUUCACUGCUGUCCUUGAGUCACAUCACGGUGUUCUUUUUUGGGACUGAUACUGAAAGUUAAAGCAAUGUUAAACAUUGACGCUAUAGAUCGUGAUUACAUGAUGCGAGUCAUUAGUUUCAUCAUAGGAUUUUUCUUUAUUUUACCAACUUUCUACAUUGUAUAAUAAAAUUAUAUGACACAAA